CUUGAAGAAUUUGAGAUUGUAGGAGAGAUAGAACCACUCAAUUUGGUAAAUCCACAGUAAAACCCUUUUAGGCUGAAAGUUUGUUGUCUGCAAGUCCUAGGCUCUCCAGUGCUUGCUGGGACUGAGCCAGUUAAUUCAUUCGUCUCUACCUAGCUCCACCGGUAUCUCUCCUGUCAAGUGGGGGAAAUAUAUGAGCACCAAAGGGAAAGAAAAAAAAUUCAAAUUUCUUAUAGGGAAAUAUCAUACUACCUUCCAAAUGCAGGUAUCUGAGAUAUAUUGCUGCAAGACCUGUUAUGUUUCCCAACUCUCUUGGUGUACUGUUCCAGUGAAUUCAUUAGUUGACAAUGCCAAGACUUCGAGCUUUCUGCCAUGUAGGUUGUUAUUUCCAAUGUGCAGUCUUUCCAAGUUUCUGGAAGCUUACUGGUAAGAUUGUUACCAGUAAGAGCAAUGAUUUGCAUUGUAUUAAUGUUAAAGAUUGAUGGUGGUAUAGAGCCAGUAAGCCGGUUGAAUUGCAGGUCUCCGUCAGUAUAUAAAACUUAAACUCUAUAUUUAAAUACAUAUGUAUACUUGUCGAUAUUGACCUACGCGUAAUUACUCUCUUAUAAGUAACUUGAUACCGUCAGUAUAUAAAACUUAAAUUCUGUAUUUAAAUACAUAUGUAAAUAGAUCAGACAUUUACUGAGUCAAAUGUUUCAGACAAAACAACAAAAUCAAUGGCAAUUAGGACAAAAUACAGUUACUUAGUACAUUUCAUUCAUUCAUUAAUUCCUAAAAUUUUGAAAAUUGUUACCUUAUUUUUCUCUUUACAGUUAUAAUAUUUUUAUAUAAAGUUAGGAAAAUGAAACAUUUUUGUUUCAUUUCCAUACUUUAUAGUAAAUAACGCGAAUUCAAAUUAAUCAAUCGAGCACGAUGAAAGCUCCUGCAGCUCCCCCUCCACCCGCUCCGAAGAAGAAAGAGAAGAAGAAGGAGGUGAUUCGAUUGGAGCGCGAAUCGGUUAUUCCAGUACUGAAAUCGCGGUUAAUUGUGACACUUGCGAAUUUAAUUGAGAAUGAUUCUGAUCGCGAUGAAUUUCUCAAGCUAUGCAAGAGAGUUCAGUACAUGAUUCGCGCGUGGUACAACAUUCAAUUCGAAGACCUAAUGGGAUUGUACGCUUUAUUUGACCCGAUCCACGGGGCACAAACCCUAGAGCAACAAAAAAUAAACGACGAUGACAUAGAUGAACUGGAACAGGAUUUCUUAAAAUGCUUGUUCCAAGUAAUGGACAAGAGUAAUUUCAAAAUCGCGAGUGAUGAAGAAUUAGAGAUUGCGAAUUCAGGCCAGUACUUAUUAAACCUACCCAUAACAGUCGAUGAAUCAAAACUGGACACUAAACUUCUGUCCAAAUACUUUGCGCGAAACCCUCGCGAAGAGAAACUCCCCGAAUUUGCUGAUAAGUAUGUCAUUUUUCGCCGUGGCAUUGGCAUUGACAGGACAACAGACUGGUUCAUCAUGGAGAAAAUCGACAUGAUCAUUGCGCGUACCUGGAAAUGGUUGAUGAAAAAAGUUGGUGGUGACAAAUUUUUCGGGAAAAAAAUCUACAAGAGGAAUAAAAAACCGCGAAAGAAACGCCUUCCAUCUGAAAUGGAGCAAGAUUUCUACGUAGAAAGAAUCAGAAUCCAGAACAUGGAACUAACAGUCCCUAACUUACUCAGCAAGAUAACCAUACAAGAGCCAACGUUCGAGAGGAUCAUCGUAGUUUAUAGGAGAGCUACAGAAGAGAAUUCAGACAAGUUAGAUAGAGGAAUAUAUGUCAAACAUUUGAAGAACAUACCAAUGGCUGAUCUCGAAAUAGUCUUACCUGAGAAGAAAAACCCUAGUUUAACCCCAAUGGAUUGGGUACAGUUCAUUGCAUCAGCUGUCGUAGGUCUAUUCGCGGUUGUUACAUCGCUUGACAUGCCUAAAGCUGACGCGUGGGUGCUCUUCGCGGUCCUCUCAACCGUGAUAGGUUACUGCGCCAAAAUCUACUUCGGUUUCCAGCAGAACAUGGCACAGUAUCAAAACCUAAUAACACAGUCUAUGUAUGACAAACAAUUGGACAGUGGAAGAGGUACAUUGUUACAUUUAUGUGAUGAUGUUAUACAACAAGAGGUAAAAGAGGUUAUAAUAUCAUAUUAUAUACUAAUGGAACAAGGUAAAGCAACACUAUUGGAUCUUGAUAAUAGAUGUGAAGAGUUGAUUAAAGAAAGAUUUAAAUUUAGUUGCAAUUUUGAUGUUGAUGAUGCUGUGCAAAAAUUAGAGAAAUUAGGAAUUGUUGCUAAGGAUGAAAUUGGAAGAUAUUAUUGUAUUGGUUUGAAAAGGGCUAAUGAGAUUAUUGGAACAACUACUGAGGAAAUGGUGCUUAAGGCUAAACAACGUCAGGCUGCACCCCUUAUUGCUUGAUGAUGUCGUCGUCGUCGCGGAGGCGGAUUCAGAAUUUGAACUUUACAGGGUUUGGAUUCCGAGUUUUACGUUAGUUCUCUUUUUGAUACACACAUACAAGAUCUAUGAUGUCGCGGAGUUGGAUUCGGGGUUUGAACUUUAUAGGGUU